UUCCCCUUUUUUUCUUCCUCGGGGCCAAAUUUAUGAGAAACGAUGAGGGAGUUGAGGGUAUUUUGGUCAUUUUGUCUCAUCCGUCUUCACGGAAUUGCAUUUUAGCCAGACCCAGUUUGUUUGUUUUGAAGUUCGAACUGUGGUAGUGUGUGCCUGUGUGAUGAUUUCCCGCCUUCUUCCAUCUCUCUUACAACAGUCAAAAACGACGACCCAUCUCGUCCAAAUUCAUUCUAUGAUUCUAAAGACUGCUCUGAACUAUGACCCUCUCUCCAUCUCUUCGUUCUUAUUGACUGCUUGCUCCAUUUCAAUUGAAUUCGCCCGCUCUUUUCUUGAUGAGCUCCCUGUUAUCCCUCCGCUCUUUGCAUGGAAUGUAAUUAUCAGAGAAUACUCGAAGAGCCCAUACCCAAUUGAAACUGUGAAGCUUUUCUUUGAGCUUCGCAGGUUGGGAAUCAUAUCGGAUAACUUCACGUUCCCUUUUGUUCUUAAAGCUUGUGGGCGUUGUUCCAUGUUAAGGGAAGGCGAGACAGUGCAUUCCUUGAUUUUUAAGGCUGGGUUCACUGUGGAUAAGUAUAUCAGCAAUACCCUUCUUCGGAUGUACGCAGCUUGCAGUGAAAUUGGUAUGUCAAUACGCGUGUUUGGCGAAAUGACUGAAAGAGAUGUGGUUUCCUGGAGCUCUAUGAUUGCUGGAUGCGUUGCUUGCAACUCUUCACUGAAUGCUCUAAGGAUAUUCCAACAGAUGAAACUGGCAAAUGUGAAACCCAAUUCUGUCACUUUGGUUAGCUUGCUUUCUGUUUGCACUCGUCUGGGGAGUUUGAGCAUGGGAAAAUCUAUUCACUCCCACAUUGUUGUCAAUAAUAUCGUGUUGAAUGUUGCCCUCGGAACUGCUCUUCUCGAGAUGUAUUCAAAAUGUGGGCAUAUAGAGGAAGCUUUGCUUAUCUUUAGAUCCAUGAAUGAAAAGAAUUUGCAGUCUUGGACAGUCAUGGUCACUGCUCUUGCCGACCAUGGUCGAGGGAAAGAUGCUAUUGCCUUGUUCACUCAAAUGGAAGAAAUUGGCUUGAAGCUUGAUAGUAUGUCAUUUUCAGGCAUCUUAUGUGCUUGCAGUCACUUAGGUCUUGUUGAUGAAGGACGGAGAUAUUUUGAUAGAAUGGUGAGUGUAUAUAAAAUUAGGCCAACAAUGGAGCACUUUGGGUGCAUGGUUGAUUUGUAUGGGAGAGCUGGGAUGGUUGAAGAGGCUUAUGAGAUUAUCAGGAACAUGCCAAUGAAGCCCAACACAGUUAUCUUAAGGAGCUACAUUGGUGCCUGUAGAAACCAUGGUCAGGUUCUUUUGGAUGAAAGCUUGAGAAAAUUUCUUCUUGAAGUUGAGCCUGACCUCGGAUCGAAUUAUGUACUUGCUGCAAAUGUGUCUGCUGUGACUGGUUGUUGGGAUGAUGUAGCCAACCUGAGAGUAACCAUGAAGGAGAAGGGUUUGAAGAAAGUUCCAGGGUGCAGUUGGGUUGAAGUGCAUGGUGGUAUUGCGUAUGAGCAAGCAAACGGGGUGUGAGGUGUCCAACUUGUCUGAGGAGGCUGAAAGAGCAUCUUUAUGUUCUCAACUUUCUCAUUUGUUGUCGCAAAAAUGGAAACAACAGAUAAAUGAUGGGCAUGGAGCAAUGACCGGUGAUAACAAUGAUAACUUACACUUUGGAUGUAUCAUCAGAUAAUGCAUUCUGUUCCAACUCCUGUGUGGUUUUUUAUGCCCUCUGUUAUCAUUGUUGUAGUUACUCUUUGGGAACAGAGACUGCAUGUAGUAUUCGAGAGAAGUUGGAAGUGCAGAGCCCAUGUAGUAAAAGGUUUUCAAAUAUGUGCAUAUGCAUAAAUGAUGGGGCAUGGAGAAGGUUAUAAGAAUGGGAACUUACACUGUGGAUGUAUCACUAUAUGAGGCAUGCCAUUCCAACCCCGAUGAGUGUUCUAUCUUCUCUGUUAUCAUAAUGUCUUUUCCCUCAAUGAACAGAAACAUUAUGUUGUAUUCCAAAGAAGCAGUUAAAGUUAGUCAAUGUUCUAAAAGAUUUUUGGAUGUGUUCUCAUGCAGAACGAAUGGAAAUGCCAGGAGCUAGUUGUACACAUUAAGAAAUGGAUGGCUGUCUAGUUUGUGGAAAAGAAUCCGCUGUAUCAUUCAUUUUGUGCACCGCCUCACACAGUUCAUGUUGCUCCGUGUCCAUGGUUCUAGAAAUGAAAGUUGAGAGAAUAAGCAUGCGGUGAAAUGCAUAAACAGAAGUAACAGAGCUAUUAGAAUUAAAAUAGAUCUAUAAGAAGUGAGAUUUAGUUAGAUACACAUUGGGAUAUGGAUGCCUGUCUAGUUUGUGGAAAGUAUUCGCUGAAUAUUUAUUCUGUCCACGGCCUAAAACAGUUCCAUGGUGAGUGAAAAGUCAAGAGAGCAAGUAGACAGUGAAUGCAUAAAAACAACUAUGACAAAUGAGAGAUUAUGUAGCUCAGUGCUUUUGCAAAGUGAAGAAUCAUCUUUGGGUAUUACUCCGUCAAAUCCUGGCAAGCCUAAAUAUUUCAAACUAUUGGCUUUAUGUCAACUCAAAAUAUCAUAUGAAGAUUAUCAUUCUUUGCUGUU